AUGAAUUAAAUUUAGUAAGACACUGAAGAGCCAAUCUCAAAAUUAAAUUAGUUAAUGUUAACGGAUGAGCCUAUAGGUGAAAUUUAAGAUUUUCUCAAUUAUUCAUUAUCAGAAGGUAAUUUCUCUAUUCAAGGUUCAAGAGUCAACACUAAUAAUAAUAUCCCUAGUUAAAGUUCAAAACAUAAAGCCCAUGAAUCUAAAAGAGUUACUUUUGAUUCUUCUCUUAGCAGUCCAACAAAUAGGUUUUUAAUGAAUAAGAAAAACUAAAAAUCUUCAGAUCCUCAAUAAUUCCCUUAACAAUAAAUAUUUAGUGUAAUCUAAUUUUGUUUUAUAAAACGAUUUAUUAACAGAAUAAGUUGGAAAAAGAAAAUAAAUUCAUAAUUCAACCUUUAUUAAUACAAUAUUAUACAAGAUUUAGGGUCUUCUUUUAAUUUAAAACUGUUUCGUGAUAGUGCAUUGAAUUUGAAACCAAUGGUAAGCUAAUUUAAUCAAUCAUCUGAUGGGUUAUAGUAAUUUGUUAAAAAAAAGUAAGAAUUAUCAAUCUAUAAAAAAUAGAGAAUUGUCAAAAAAGAUAAAAAAAUAAAUUACUUAUCUAAAGACCUGCAAAAAUAAUUUAAUAAAAAAAUUAGAAUAAGAAAUAGAGAAAAUUCCACUGAUUACUCCUGAAUCCAGAUUGAAAAUAGUAUGGGAUUGUAUAGUAAUGAUGAGUAGACUAUAUUUUCUAUUUACAAUUCCAAUAGAUUUAGCAUGGGAUAAAUAUUAGAUUAUAUAUGGUGAACUAUAUAUUCCAACAAUUCUUAUGAUAUUAUUGUUGGUUUUUGAUUUCAUUUUGAGUUUUAAUAGUUCUUUUUAUUAAUUUGGAUAAAUAGUUAAUAAUAGAGCAACAAUAGCCAAAAAUGUAAUUAGUAAAAGUUAUGGUUUGGAAGCAAUAUCUAUAUUAAUUGUUAUUAUUUAUGCAAUGAUUUCAAAUUCAUCUUAAUAAGAAUUUAAUUUAUUAACAGAAUGGUGGGAUUUAAUUAUGCUAUUAUUUUAUGUAUAAUGUAGGAAUAUUCCAAAAUUAAUAAGUUAAGUUGAAGAAACUCUGAAUUUAUCAAAGCCAAGUAGUUCAUUAUUAGAAUUAUUUAAAUUAUUAUUAGUUUUAUUCUUUGUUUUACAUUGUUAUUCAUGUCUUUGGUAUUUUGUAUAUAUAUUAAUUUAAUAUUUCUUUAGGUUGGUUAUUAUAGUUAAUUAUAUUCAGAAAAAGGAAGUUGGUUAGAAUUUUAUCAUGUUGAAAAUGAAACUUGGUAAGUACAAUAUUUGUAUUCAUUUUACUUUUCAACAGUUACUAUGUUUACAAUAGGUUAUGGAGAUGUAGUACCAAUUAGUUAUUUAGAAAGAGUAGUAGCUAUUCUAUAUAUGAUGAUAUGUAGUAUUUAAUUGAGUUACAGUGUAAGUACUGUUGGAGCAAUUAUUGAUACUAUUUCUGCUUAUGGAUAAGAAAAGAUGAGAAAAAUGAGAAAAAUAAAUUCAUAUAUGUAAAAUAGAAAAAUUGAAUAUUAAUUGCAAUAUUAGAUUAGAGAAUAUUUAAAUUAUUAUUGGGAAUCAUAAAAUUAGGUUGAAAAUGAUGAACUUAAUGAAAUUAUUAAUUAAUUAUCAGAGAAUCUUAAAGAAAAAUUAAUGAAUUAAUCAAAUUCUUUAAUUUUAAAUGAAUGUCCAUUAUUUUAACAUAAUUUUAGUGAUGCUUUAAAAUCAAAAUUAGUUAAUAAAAUAAAAUAAGCUGUAAUAUAACCUGAAAAUAUUAUAAACUUUGAUUCAAUAUUUCCUCAAUUACCACCAGGUUAAUUAUUUGUUUGUUUUGUUGAAUUUGGAGAAAUUCAAAUAUUUAUUCAAAAUGAUUCAGUUGAUUAAGUAAUUGAAAAUCCAUAAAUUGCUGAGGUUUUUAAGGUUGGUAAAGGUUCUAGUUUAGGUAUUAUUAGUUUUAUAAGUGGUAAAUAAUCUUAAGAGAGAUUUAGAAGUGUUGGUUUUUCUAAAUUAUUAAUGCUUUCAAGAGAUGACUUUUUAAAAGUAAUAUAAGAUUUUCCAGAAGAUUAUGAAAGAUUUAGAAAUCUUUAUGAUAGUCUAUAAUUUGAAGAUUUAAGUGUUUUACAAAUGAAAUGUUUUAGUUGUAAUUCAAAAUAUCAUAGAGUAUUAUAAUGUCCUUUAUUACAUUAUAUUCCUGAUAAAGAAUUGAUUAUAAAAAGAUUUUGUUAUAGUCAAUUUUAAAAUAGAAAUUCAAAAUAUGAGAGAAAUCCAUUUAGAUAAAGAGGAUACUUUGCAGCACGUUUUGAUUAAGAAGUAAUAGAAUAAGAAGCAAAUUCAUUUAAUAAUAAUAAUUGGAAAUGGGCAGAAUUUUAUGAAGAACCAGAAGAUGAUUCAUUAAAAAAAAGUGAUGUUCAUUAAUAAUAAUAAAUUGGACCAAUUUUAGAAUUAAGUAAUCAUAAUCUAUAAUUAUAAUAAUAAUAACAAAAUAUUAUAAAUACUAUUUAACCUAUUUCUGAUUAAUCUACUAAGAUUAAUUUAGAACCUCCAUAAAUUAAAAAAAAAGCUACAUUAUUUAAAUAGAGAACAAAGACAAUAGAAUUAUUAGAUAUUGAUGAUAAAUAAUUGAAAGCAUCUCUUAUGAGUAAAGCAAGAAACUAGAAUAUUUUUAAUAAUAAUCUUAUGAUUAUAAAAGAAGAAGAUAAUUAAGAUAAUUCUCCUAAAGAUAAAAUAAUAUAGGGUAGUUAAAGUAGAGCAUCUUUUAGUUUAGAUUAUUAUAGAAAAAGACCAAAAGAAAGCUUUCAAAAAAUGAAGAAAGUUGUUUAAAUGAUAACAAAUAUGAAUAGAAUGAAAAAAAAAUAAAAAUUAAAAAAAGAAACAAAAUCAAUUAUUAAUCAAUUCUUAGAAGUAAUUCAAUCUUAACAAUUACUUAAAGGAUUAUUAUCAAAAGUUCGAAUUAGAAUAAAAUAAAUAUAGGAUGGAAAAAAACAAAUUCUAUAAGAGAAAGACAUCUAAGAUACUAUGUUGUUAGAGAUUAAAUUAUAAAUGCAAAUUGAAUAAUUAAAUGAAUUUUAAAAGAAAGAUCAAAUUUAAGUUAUGGAAUCUUAUAAGAAAUAUAAAUACUAUUAAGUUUAGAAUAACUUAGAUUCAAUAUUAGAAAAGAUGUACUUUUAUAAACAACAGAAUACAUUAGAUAAUCAAUUAAAAAAUUACUAAUCUAUAUUAUUAAAGUAUAUGAUUUAUCCAGAAAUAUUUUUUGAAAAAUAUAGGUAUUAAUAGGUAAUAAUUCCAAAAUUUGAAUUAGAAGAAUCAAGAAGAGGUUCAGAAUAAGAUUCUGAACGUACUUUAAAGAGAAGUCGCAUGAUUAAAAAGAGUUUUAGAAAUCUAAAACUAUCUCAAAUCAGACCAAUGUCAGAUGGGACUGGAAAGUAUUAGAUGUGA